AUGGUGGAGAGUCGGGAAGGCGUUCGAAUCUGCACCGGAUAUCCCCAUAAACAGCUCUAUCAUUGUCUAGAGAAGUGGAUAACACCCGGAGAAGUGGUACCGGGAUACCCUCGAUCUUGUGAAACGUGGGCUGUAAAUCCUCAGACAUACCCAUUGCGGCGCUACCGUAUGAAGAAUGCGGCGUAUACGCUCGGAUUUCUUCGGCUUCUCCAGAAGAUCCAUUCCACAGCUGAGUUCUCAAUUGAAGGCAAUACCGACGGAGUAUGGCCGCUCGAUGAUACCCCAUUCCAGCAUUGGCGACUGUGUAGACAGCGUGCGGGGCCACGUGGCUGGCAGUACAACGCUGCUUUAUGGAAUGCGAUACAACUGCGGUGGUACAAGAACUCGCGUUCCAUAGAGAUCUACCCUGUGCUGCGCGCAAUUCGAUGGAUGAGAAAAUUUUGGUGUGUCUUUCCUUACGAGACCCGCACCCCGCGCAUCGUGCAAAUGAUCGGUGGCCGGCCGGAAGUCUUCCAAGUCACAAGGGCUUCACUGCUAGGACCCACGACACGCUCUCUGACGGAAUUGACAAUGAUCGCCGACAGAAUUUGCCGCGAUUCCUUCGAGCCAUGGCCCACACGAGCAUUUAUCUGGGAAAGUCACGUGAUCGAGGAGAGUAUGCCGGCUGUUUUGGAAUUGUUGCCUCGAUCUCCAUCAUUACCCCCCGGUAAGCUCAUGACGCAUUUUGGGGCAUUCGAGGAGAUGCCCGACGAUCCGGUGACGUUGGUUACGGAUAUGUUGUUGGAUGGGGGUUUGAAGCCUUUGCCCUCUGAUUGGCCAUCUACCAUCGCCUUUCGUGACGCUUUCGAUCGAUAUGUGGCCGAGGAAUUCGGUACUGAAAAGGGAACGUGGUUCUUUCAAUGGCCAAACUCGGAAAAAGAAGUGCUGUUACAGCUGCGAUACCAUGAGGCCUUCCCACCAUACGCUCAAAAAUGCCAACCCCACGUGACCAUCACCAUUAUGGUGGUCCCCAGCUGCUGGAAUCGACCA